CAGCCACGACGUUUUUGCUUCCUGUUUUGACCUUCCCAAUAUGGCGCCGGUCCGAUUUUUUUUCCCCCACCGCGCAGCGGUGUACGGAUGACGUAGACAGGCGAUGAACUGGAGCCGCCCACCGCCCCCUUGCGGUGACUCCAUUUUGUGCGAGUGGUUGAAAUUGCUGCUUCUAUUUCCGGGUUGUGAGAAAGCGGCGGAGAACGGAAAUCGGAGGCGACAGCGGAGUGAGAGGGUUUUGUGCAGCAGCAGCAGCUCCUCCCCUUCUCAGGGGCUGGUCAGAGGAAUUCGGAAGAGCUCGAGUGUAUCCUCAGGAUGCCAAUCCCUCCACCCCCACCCCCACCUCCGGGCCCACCACCACCACCAACCUUUGCUCAGGCCAACACUGAGCCCCCCAAACUGAGACGAGAUGAGCAGAAGGGCAGGAAUGCUUUGCUCGGAGAUAUCUGCAAGGGGGCCAAACUGAAGAAAACAACGGGGGUAAAUGACAGGAGCGCCCCUGUGCUGGAGGCACCUAAAGGUGGUGGUGGAGGAGGAGGGGGCGGUGGUCCUGGUUUUGGACCCAGCGCAGGAAUGGCUUUGCAACCCAAAGGAGGCCUUUUUGCUGGCGGAGUCCCCAAGUUGCGAGCUGUGGGAACGAAGGAUAGUCCAGGCCGCUCUCCUGCUCAGGCUCCUGUUGGUCGUUCAGCAGCACCCCCACGGCCCCCAGUGUCAGGAGGACGGCCCCACGAUGACAGUGACAGCGGCAGUAACCGGUCUUCACCACCAGAAGUGGGACGUGCCCAUCGUCCAUCCCUGCCAGACCUUUCUCGUCCUCCCAGUUCCACCAGCUCUGGCAUGAAGCACAGUUCCUCUGCCCCUCCCCCACCUCCUCCUGGACGCAGACAAGCUGGUGCCCCACCUUCCCAAAAUGCCAAACCUUACAACAGAGAGAAACCUCUACCACCAACUCCAGGGCACCGGGCACCUGCUGCACCUCCAGUGAAGCCUCCGCCUUCUCCAAUUAACUCACGUUCUCCCAGCGCACACAGCCAACCCCCGCCACCUCCUCCGUACAGGCAACCUCCCACUUCCCUUAAUGGACCACCUAGUCCCAUAAAUGAGCCUGCACCAGAGUUACCCCAGAGGCACAACUCGCUUCAUAGGAAAACCGCUGGACCUGUGAGAGGACUAGCACCGCCACCUCCGCAAUCAGUCCAUUUAUCUCCCGGAGGCAACAGACCACCUCCACCGGCGAGAGAUCCCCCAGGAAGAGGAGCAGCUCCUCCACCACCCCCACCUAUAGUGCGUAAUGGAGGCCGGGAUGCUCCACCACCUCCACCGCCCCCUUACAGAAUGCACUGCAUCCCUGAGUCCACCCCCAACAGGGCCAAGCCUCCUCCACCUCCAUCUCGGACCCCCUCAGGACCACCCCCACCGCCUCCUCCGGUCAGGAAUGGAAUGUUAAAUUCCUGGAAAGAUGAUUUUGAAUCGAAAUAUUCCUUUCAUUCUAUGGAUGAUUUUCCAGCCCCUGAAGACUAUAAACCCUUUCAGAAAAUCUAUCCAAGCAAAAGCAUCAGAGCCACGCGUGGAGCCCCUCCUCUUCCUCCAAUUCUAAGGUGAAAAUUGUCACGUUGCCUGUACCCCCAUCCCUUGCCUUGUCCCUCCUCUUUCCUGCUCGUUCCUUCGGGGCUGUUUCAGCAUGAAGACUCUUUGGUUGAGGAACAAGAGGAUCCAGGAUAGACAUUCCUGCCUGUCUAUGCAUUCCACAUGCCCAUCAACUCCUCUAGCUCCUCACCACUCCUUGCACUCUAGGGGAACUCAUGCAGCUCCUACUCAAGGCUCUAACUGGCAAAUGGGACACGUAAAUCCAACAUCUGGACAUGUUGCAUUAGACGUUUUCCUUCUAAUAUUAAUCUACAUUAGACUUAACUUAAAUCACUCAUUUCAGUAAUCCCAGGAGAAUAUGGGUGAUAUAACACUAGCAAUGGGACGUGAUACCCCCCAGCAAUAGCCCGCUGUGCAGACAUUACUGGAAAGAGUUGGGUUAUACUUUAUAGGAAAACAAUAUGGAGAUUAUGGUGGAGGUGCCAACUGUAAUAUGCUGCUACCCUCUUCCCAUGAUGCACUUUCAGACUGUUACCUAUAGAACAGGUGCAAAUAAAAAUGCGUCACUAGAAUGGAACAAGCAUCCCUGCCCCAUGUUGGACAGUUUUUUGGGAGCAGUUUCAUGCAGGUCUUGUUGAGCCUCACAGGCUUCUGUACUUUGUCUUUUGGAGAAUGAGGAAACGAAAGGGGAAUAAUGGACUUGUCCUCCAGACAUGGAGAUGAUUCAUAGCAGUUAAGUAGUAAGGUGAGAAUAUUUCCAUACAGGCCGCUCGGGUUUGUGUAUUAAUUAAGGUGAUGGUGAUAAUGGGUUUGGGACUGUCCUUAGUUGAAUUACUAUGCAGAACAUAUAGGUGUGAGUUGAGGGCUGCUCCAUUAGUAGUAAAGGAGGCUUCCUGGAUUCUUCUUGCUAUUUUUUGUCAAUCCUCUUAUUCCUCAUCUUAUUUCUCCAGUUUCAAAUGGUUUCUGUUUCCUGCAUCAUUCCUAUUGCAGAAUGUCUAUUCAAGAAGAGCACUGCGCAAAAGGGAAACUAAAAUGCACCAAUGGACACUAAUAUUAAAAUAUAUAUUUUUGUGUUUUUGAAAGACAAUGUUGCAGUGUUCACACGUGUAUGUCUUUCAUUUCCAUCCCCUUCACUACAAUAAUAAAACGGUAGGACUUCCCUCGGCCUGCCCGAAUUACCUAUGGAAAUGUGUCUACAUACGUCUGUGAAUACUUCAGUAUUAUCGUAUAUUUUUGUGCCCCUUUAAUAAAGGUAUAUAAGGUCUGUCUAAUUUUAGGCAUGUACAGUACGUUUUCUUUUUAAAGGUCACGCUUAGCUGUUUUGUACAUAAACGAUAUCAUUUGUCUAUAACUCUAGAUGUCAUCAGAUUCUUUGUAGAUGGAGCCACUGCCCUCGGCUGGUGAUAAGUGUCCGGUAACACUAACGUCUAGUUUUGGCUCCAAUGAGCUUUCACUAUUUCCUUUGGUCUCAUUUACAUGUAAAGGGUAAUGUAAUAAAAGGUAAAAACGUUUGCACCUA